AUGUUGGUGCCGGUCGGUCAGGCCCUGCACUCGUGUACACAUUUGUUCCCGCAUCCUCGCUCGGUUGGUCUACUCGGUUCGUUUGGCAACCUUAGUUCUGUCGCUAGCAUCAAGACCACAUAUUUAUUGUUCGAAUGCUGCCUUAAAUCUAAUCCAGGUGACAUGUAUCCUGCUUUAUCAAAGGUAAGUAAGAGUUGUGCGUUACAUAAUACUUUGAUUUGUACCGCAUGCAUCAGUUUAUAUGUACAGCCACUGAGUAGCCACUUGCCCUUUGUUUAAAUCCUUAAUCCUUCACGAAGGAAGAACCAUCGCUUACUGGAGGAUGUUUGUAUCCGUUGUCACAUUUUAUAGUAACUAAAAACGGUUUCAGUGCAUAUAAAUACUCAUUCUUUGAUGGUACGAUGGUUGAUAAAUAUUAAUUGAAAGUGGAUUCGAACAAAGACACGAUUAUUGUCAAGCUGUGCACAUUCUUUCGACAUUAGAGGUUUCCAAAGUCACACUACAACCAUUCGAAAACACUCUGAAAAAUAGCUUUAUAUUUAUGUAGCCAAGAACCAUCAUAUCAAGAUUUAUCCCUUAGCAUUGCAAAGUUUAAUUGAAAUCCAUAGCAUAGGAUCAGAGCCACCUUAAUUCCUUGAUUGAUUGACCCCAGAUAUCUCUUUGACUCAAAGUUCAAAGGAAAGAGAUGGAUUGGGAUUUUUCAAGGAGUGUUGAUAAUGUAGGAUGUACUAAUAAACUUUCAGGGAACGUUCUGGAAAAUUCAGAGAGGUUAUGUUACGGUUCAUAUUCUUGUUUUCUUUAACAUAGUGCUUGUUUUAGAGCCGAAAAUUACUCAAUCCUUUUAUAAUACUUUGUGACAUUAAGCUUUUGCUAUUUCCUGAUCAGAAAGUAGGCAGUAUUAAUUCAGUUUAGGAGGCUAUUUAGUUUUGAAUCUCAACUCGAGUUUUAAUUAUGAAUCUUCAACAGGAAGUUCAGAAAGCUAGUGAUUUAUGGAAAUCUUAGGUAUGUCUAUUGAUUAAUUCAGUUAAAAGUUUCAUUCAGUGGGGUUAUACAGUGUUGUGCUGCAUUUGGAACUUGCAUCUGAAUAGUGAUUAGAGUUCAAACACUAAUUGAAUUUUUGAAAAAUAUCUUUAAAAACCGUAUAAAGAGGGGUGAUCACUUUGUAAUUGUGGGUGAGAUGAUGUAAUUUAAGACAUUUUAAAGAGGAAUGAUGCUUCCAAUUGUAAGUGUAUACAGGCUUAGGAAUUAUUGAUAGCUUUAUAGUUUUAAUUGCAUGUAACAUUUUGAAGAAUGUUCAAGUCAGUUGUUUUAACAAUGACUUUGAUUGGUUAACAUUGCAGUUUGUUAACUAUUGGAAAGGGAAUAAUAUUGAAACUGUCUCCGGAGACAUACAAGUUGAAUGUAAUGGACAUGAGGAAACGAUGACAAGUCAAGAGGUUAAGAAUAUUACUUUUUAUAGCUAGCUACAUCUGUUGAAUACACAACCUGCCGUUUUGAAUUUUCUUUCCUGUACAAUCCUUUUAAUCUGUCAAUUUCUAUUCCUAAAUGAAACUGUAAAUAUUGUGUUGUAUUUCUAGGCAAGUGAGCAUUUAAACAGUAAUAAGAGGAAAUUACCACAUCAGUAAAUUAUAGAGUGAUACAAUAAGGUCACAGUUUCCAAGCUAUUCUGGCUGAAAGUCUGAAAUAUGACAAUAAUGAUAUUAAUCUAGAAAGCUUGCAUUUACAGCCAUACCAUACCAAAAUUGUUUAAAUUUUACAUUAAUACAUAUGCUGAGUCCUUUCCUUUGCAAGCAUAUGUAUAUUUUUUCUUGCCCUUUUUUGUAUUUGAGACUACUUGCAAACUAGUUGAAAUACAGCAUAGGAACUAAAGAAGGUCUUACAUGUAGCUCUUGUAUAUAUCAAAUGUAAUUUUCAAAAAUUGUCUUACUUUGUUUACAGGAGAAUAAUAAUGUUGGCUCGCUGUCACCACCAGAGGACUCAAAUGUGGGUGAAGUUACUGCAGCCAUGGAGGAAGAAGAGAAAGCUCUUCAUGAGGUUUCUAGCAAAGAACAACAAGAUUUGAGAGUUAAGGUAGUUUUGAAAUUACAUUUCAUCAGUUUCCAAAUCUAUUGAUUAAUAGUUUGUUGAUUUAUUUAGUAACAUAUAAAGGCCGUAAUAAAGCAGCCCUGGAUUUUAUAAUUAUAUUAUCUGUUCAACAAUCUACAGUAAAAUAAUCUUCCAGAAUUGCAUACACCAUCUUUUCUUUUAGUUAGUAAGUUUUGCAUCUUUUAUAAUGCAAGUGGCACGAUAACUUUUUGGAAAUUGAAAAGAAGAUUCCUCUGGAAUGAAACCUUAUUUCCAACUUGCAUGGAAGUUGAUUUUCCAAUGAAAUAUCUCUCUGAAAAAAGGCAGUAGUUUUUUAUUGGUUAUGGGGAAAACCUACAAUAAGUGGUUCUUGAUAUUCAGGGUUUUUUUUAAUGUUUGGCUUUAUCCCAGAGGGAAACCAGCUUCCAUUCCUAUAACUGCAAAAUACCUUAUUGUGUAGGAUAGAGGAAAAGUGAUGUUACAAGGUUGUGGUUUUUAUGUUUACCCAGGCUGAACAAGAAUGGGAGAGUGUUGAAGACGAGAAAAGGACGCUUCGUCUAAUGCUUUUGUUGGAAAAGUCACAAAUUUAUUGUGAUUUUCUUCUUAAAAAAAUGGAAAAGCAGAAAGUGGAAGCAGAGAAGAAGCAAGAAAAGCUAGAAAAGAAAAGAAACAAGGAGAAGGAUGGCAUGCAAAUGGUAGUGUUAAAAAUAAAUCUAAAGCACUUUUAUUCUUCUAUUUUUACAUAUUUCCUAUUUCAAUUAGCGUUUCCAUAACUGUUUUAGGUAUUUGUUCAAAUUUCAAAGAGUGAUCAGGGUUCUCUGUAAGUUGUGGAGUAUUUGGCAAGGUACAUGAAAUAGAUGGCUGGCGACAUGAGAGCUUUUUGGGGGGGUCUCGGGGCAUCUUCCCUAUCAAAAAAAUAUAUUCGAAAGUAUGGGCUCCUAAAUGCUAUUUUGUGCAUUGCUUUCAAUGUGUAAAGUUUCUACUGAAAUGGAUGCUGUGAAUUUGCUUGGCAAUUGAAUAUCAAUGCUUUUGUCAACCAACAAUUCCAUUUUUGUAUCGUGUUCCAAAUUGUUAGACUUACCUUAAUGACUCUAUGUUUGAUGGUUCUACAUCCAACAUGACCAGUGAUUCUUCCAUUAUUUCCUCACUGUCCUCUUUUUUUUUUCUUUUUUUUUCUUUUUUUCAUUUUUUUUAUUUUCAUAAAGCCCAUCAUCCUACAUUUAUAUUUUGUUGCCCUCUAAUUCAUAUUCACAAGUCUAAGUUUGAGUAACUUGGUCUGUACAUAGUGACCAACCUCUUAUGUGUUUGUGAUUGCACACACAUGCAUAGAAAGCAGUAUGGUUAGUUGACUGGGAAAUAUGUGUCAGUCAGUGAUUGGAAGAGUGCUAAACCAGCAAGAAAUUGAAAAAAAAGUUGUUUUUGAGGAACAUGAUAGGAAAAUUACCUUUAAAUACACAAAUAAAAAGAAGAGUGGUACUAUGUUUAUAUGUACAUAUAUGUAUAGGUUUCCCACACCGAACGCAGGGUAAGUGCAAGAGGUCACAAGAAAUUGAAUGGCACUGUUGAAACUAGCCCUCAAAAGAAGAAAACAGUCUCCAACAGGAAAGCUGGUAGAAAAAGAAAGGCAGAAGAUUCCUCAAGCUACAUGAUAUCCAAUUAUCUUGACAAAGAGGUAACAAACAGCUAUCAAAAAUGUAGACUCUGAGUAUCAUUGAAUACUUUCAUGUGGAUAAUUCUCUGGAUAACUUCUGGACAGGGUGCUUGUUAAAUUCAAAGUUGACAGUAAGGCUCAAAUGUCAAAUGUUUGGACCUGGUCUUAAGUUUUAAGUAUAGUUUUAGAAGAAAAACUAACUAAAGGUGAUACCCAGAGCUUUCAUUCAUCUGGCCCAGGUAACAUUUUUCGUGCAGUCACUAAAUACUUUGUGCAUAUUGUCAGAUUAAAAAAGGUUAGGUCUUGUUGACAAAGGAUGUUGCAUUCAUGAAUAUUUAGAUAAAUCUUCAGCAUUAAGCAGUCUAAGUCUAACACCAUUGCUGUUAUUGGUGUUGUACUGGUCAAUAACUCACAUUGUGAGAACAAUGUGACUGUAUAUCCAUGUCAUUACGCAGUUUAAGGAUCAUUGCUUUUGGAUUUCUGAUCAUGAGUCUUAAGAUCAAAUCAAAAAUCUCUGGUGAGCAAAAAAUAGAUGAUUCGUCAUAUUGUGAUUUUGACAGUGUAUCUGUGGUUUUUGUGGUGAGCUCUUGUGGUGUUCUGUAAUGUCUCUAAUUUUUUAUUUUAUUUUUGUAGUCACUUACCAAGAGGUGCAAAGUAUCAGAAGACAGUGAGAAUGUUGGCAUGGAAUCUUCAUCUACUAUACAUGUAUCCCAGUAUGUCUCGGAAAUGAAUGGAGACCAUGGGGAUGAAAGCAAGGUAAUCAGAUUGAGGAAUUCUAAACACAGCCAGUCACAGCUGUUGUUCCUCUUGUAAUCAAUCUAUUAUAUGACUAAGCAUGUCUCUAAAUUUAUAUUCCCUCGACUCAAACAAAUUUGAUUUGUAAGUGGCACAUUUUCAACUUACUCUUUUUUGUAUGCAAGAUUCAAUGUUGAGCUGUAGAUGUGGUUGACUCUUGUGGGUAUAUUAAAUUUCAUGUUUAUCAAAGCAUGGCACAAAAACAACUUCAAUCAAAAUAGACUAAUAAGAGCAGUAAGAAUUGUUGUACACAAAGUGAUGUGCAACCAUUUGACCUCACCACUUAAGGAAGACAAGUAUAGUUAGCUGAGGUGGCUGCAUCAUUCGACAAAAGGUAAGACUUAAUCACUACACACAACAUAUUGCUUUGGAAAGUGUGUUUGAUUUGCCUAAAAAUUUAUAACCCAGGAGCCUGGUUGCUCAAGCAGUAGUGAUGAAGACAAAUCAACAACUCAACCACGGUUUGUUACUGGAGGAGAGCUAAGGCCAUAUCAGCUUAAAGGUCUUGCUUGGCUUAAGGUAAAGUGAUUACGUUGGUAUCAUCACAAUUCAAAUGCUUUCAUUGUUGUUUGGUUGAUUAUUUCAUUAUUAGUGUAUCAAGCAAUUAGCACAGUAUUUAUAUUUCAAAGUUGUCAUCUAUUCCUGUUUGAGUGGAUUGAGAACCAGCUUUUUAACCUCAAUGUUGUAAGAUUUUUCUUCAUGAGUUUGAUAAGUUUUAUGAGGCAUCUUAAACUUUUCAUUUGUUGACAUAGCAUACUUGGACAGUUUCAUAUACAAACUUGUCCUCCUUGUGGUCAGAUUUUAUUGGUUUUAAGUUUGAUUAAGGCAGACUUUACUAAAUGUUUUGUAUCUUUGUGGUUAGUCAAAGAUGAGAAGGUUUCUGUGCAGUCCAUGUAAAUUUUACAAGAACUGUGUCAGGAAUACUGUUUCUAAUUAGUGUGGUAAAGUUGGCUAACUUCAGGGUACAUUCAGUGAUUGUGUACUGGCAAUAACCUUGAUCAACAGGUCCUUUAUGAAAAUGGUAUGAAUGGCAUCUUAGCUGAUGAGAUGGGUCUUGGUAAAACACUGCAGUGCAUCUCACUAUUGGCACACUUUAUUGAAAUGGGAGUCAGAGGACCUUUUCUUGUAGCUGCUCCUCUGUCUACACUGAAUAACUGGGUUAAAGAAUUCCAGAAAUUUGCCCCAAAGGUACAGCAAUACAAAUGAACGGUAAAAUUAAUAUUUAACUCAUCUAGUAAAAGGUUUUUAUACUGUUGUUUCAGGUGGUAUGCCAUUGUCAUAGAAUAUGAAAAAUGUGUUUCUUCUCCAGUUAUUUUCUAGAAGUGCUCUGUGGGAACCCAAAGCCUAUUUUCUAAUAUUAACUUUAUAAAGUCUGUGGCUAGGUUGCUUUAUGAGUUUAGAUGUUUAGUACGUGUACUUUUUGGUUGAUAGCCAGGAACCCUUGUUUAUUCAAAAUGAAUUAAUCUGUUCGCAAUUUAACCGCAAAAAAUAUUAAUUAUAUUUACUAUCUAGGUGGUUGAUGACUAAAUUACAAUUUUGUUCUCUCUCUUUAGAUUCCUGUGAUGUUUUAUCAUGGCACACAACUGGAACGUCUGCGUCUGAGAGGCCAACUGCAAAAGCUGGUGCAUGUGGAAGGCGAAAUUUAUACUCUGCCUGUGGUAGUCACUUCCUACGAGAUUUGUAUGAAUGAUCAGAAAACUAUGCAUGAUUUGAACUGGAAGUACCUCAUUGUUGAUGAAGGGCAUCGCAUCAAAAACCUUAAUUGUAAGCUUAUCAGGUGAGAGUAAAGAGUGGACUGGUAGUUGGCAUAUGUAAUGUUAAAAUAAUUGGAUGUCUUUCACUUGUCCAUCAAAGCAUCUAGUGACUGAAGAGUCUUUUAUCAAAAAUCACUUUUGUCCUUAUUUAGUUGGUUAAAAGUGAAAGUUAAAAGUGACUCCUUUGAGAAGAUGGAAUAUGUUAGAUAUUAAUAAAACAGUGAUCAUGUAUUUACAUUCAUCAGGGAGUUGAAGACAUACAAGACAGCAAAUCGUUUGCUACUUACAGGCACCCCAUUGCAGAACAAUUUGUCAGAGCUUUGGUCUUUGUUAAAUUUCCUUUUACCAGACAUAUUUGAUGACCUAGAUAGGUGAGUUUUAUUCCAUGUCAGCCAUAGAAAAAAUAGUGUAGUAACCCAUGAAGACAAUGUCAUCUUAUCCACCUUAUUAUGCAUGUUUUGUUACUUUUCUUUUUUAAUUUGGUGGCUCUGGCUGAUAAAAAUAUAACGUUGAAGUAUUUAGAUAUAUUUAAUUAUUUCAAUUUUAUUACAGUUCUCUGUGGGUAAAAACUACAAAACACAAAUGAAUAACAGCACAGGUGUGCAUUAAGUACACAUAAUCCCAAUUGUUGAUAUAACUGACAAGUGAUCUGAUAGGUGAAUUGUGUUUAGUUUUCAGAGAUGGUUUGAUUUUAGUGCUCUUAGUGAAGAUGGUGGAAAUGAGAAGAUUAUUCAACAAGAGAGGGAGCAUCAAGUCCUACAAAGACUUCAUGCUGUAUGUGACAUGUGGUUUUACAACCUUAAGAUUUGUUUUCUAAGUCACCAGUAUCACCUAUAUUCAUCACAGUAGUGGGGACAUAAAGUCAUCAAGGUUUUCAACCAGCGCUCUUUAUUCUGUACAAUUACUUUGGCUUGGCCCCAGCUUUUCUGCCCCAUCUUAUUUCAGUCUUCCUUUCUGCCUAUUUUCUUUCAGUUUUCUGUUGCCUUGCAAAUUGUCCACCCUAAUGCUCUAAGGCAGUUGUUAACACCCUCUCUCUUAAGCCUGUGCCUUGACUAGUUCCAUUGUGAUCGCUGCAACUGGUAACCUGGGUCAUUCAUCUCUGCUGUUGUAACCAUUCUCUUUUUUUCUACCAAUUGCUACAUUUAAUCCUUGAUAUUUGACUCAGAUAUUGGCUAACAUAGCAUGACUUGCACAAUGCUUACUAUAGCUGUUUUCACAGCCAAGUUAAAACCAGUUGUUUGCCAAUUGUAACUAUCAUUAACUGUGUUGAGGCUUUCAUAGAGGGUAGCUGUGUAGUCAUGUCUGUGGUUUCUCUCCCUGAACCCGUGUCACCAUCAUUAAUUUUGCAAGUGUCUUAAAUUACCUCUGAGAGGAGACAUUUCUUCAGUCCAUGUUAAAUCCUUUACACCCUAACACUGUUAUGCAUAUUCUCCAUACUGUUCUCUAUAAAUUUCCUGGGAUGCUGUUGAGGAGAAUUUGUUUGACAAUUAAAAACUUCUCUAUUUGAUGAUUAUUUAUUUUCUUCUUAGGGGUGAUAUUGUGAGGAAAAAUUAGAAGCUGGUCACUCUUAGGGGUCAAAGGGUUUAAACAUUGCUUUGGAUUCUAAUGUGCAUUAUGUUUCAGCUGGUUAUUUUCUGAAUCUUUCAUAAACUCAGCAUUUUUGCAGCAGUUUUUUUAUUUUUAUCCUGAUGAUAGUUUCCAGUGUUCAAACUGAAUUCAUUAUUUGAUCAUGUUUUAGAUACUUACACCUUUCCUCUUGAGACGCCUGAAAACUGAUGUUGAAUUAUCCUUGCCACCUAAGAAAGAGGUUUUGGUUUAUGCACCAUUGACAGAGAAGCAGCAGACAUUGUACAAAGCAUGUUUGGACAAGACACUCCCAGACAUUCUUGGCCAGAAGAAGGUAAUCCACUUGGGACUGCUAUUAUAACUAUUUUUUCAUUUUAGUGUUUUUAAUUUAAGAAUAUCCCUCUAUUGAUGAACUAUUUUGAAAUGUGACUUGUGGAACACUUUCCCAAGGACUAAUUACUGUUUACAAAACAGGCUUUUUGGUCUUGCAAUUCAGUGGAAUAUUUGCCUUGCUUCCCUGGGUCUUUGUUAGACAUCAGAAACAGGUGCAUCAUCCAAUACAAGCUACACAGACCUGAGCUUUUUUUAACAUACUGCUGUUACAGUUCUUAAAGAAAACCUCUGUACUUUUGCCUUGAAGUAUAGAUUUGCUUGUUAGCAACUCAAACAGUGAUAAUGUUUGACAGCAGCUUAUGGAUAUCAAACUGUCUUUACUCAGUGGUUCUUUAGUGCUCUGCUGUACGUUGAAUCCAACAUGCAAUUCAAGUGCAUCAGAUGUGAUCUAUUCUUAUCUUAUAUCGUGUGGUAUACUGCUGUUAAGACUUCUAGAGGUCUUUCCAAGUGGAAUUUGUCUCCUUUUCCAUCACAUUUUGAGCCUCCUAAAAAUUUUGUAAGCCUGAGAUGUUUUUAAGGUUUGGCUAACAGUAUUAUUAUUUUCAGUGUCUAAAGCAAUAAAAAGUUAUGCUUUUUCAAUGCUUUUCUCAUUCUAGAAAAGUGAUGAUCCUGUAGAGUGUAGUAGUACUGGUAGAAGAAAGAGAAAGAGUAGGCAAGAUCUCAGUUACAGUGUGUUUUUUAAUGAUGAUGAGGUUGAGAUGCAGAACUAUUUGAAAAAGCAAGAUACUAACAGGUUUGUUACUUCUGUCAUUUGGUAUGAUGUCUCAUUGAAGUUCCAAUAGGAAUUUACAUGUUACACCAUAACACUGCUUACAUGUUUCAAACUGUUAUUUCUGUAAGUCCCACAAAUAAAUAUAUGUAAUAAAAUUUUGGCCAAGGGUCAGUGAAGGUCAACCUGUUGUAAAGCUAGGGCUGAUCUUUUGGCUUAUCUGACUACUCUUGCUAAGUGAGCCACACUAAACUGAAUUGUACUGAACUCGUUUAUUGCUUGAAUUAACGUACUUGUGUACAUAAAGGUAACUAUAACUAAUAUGUGAUGGAGAAUAUAGAAGAUUGCAGGAAUUUCCGAUGAAAUAAACAACUUAAUUACAACACAACAAGUAGGAAACCUACUAUCUAUUACAGUUAUAGUUAAUAAUAGUUGUGAUUUUAAUUAAAUAGCUGAGGCAAUAGAAAAUAAAUGUAUAGGUACAUUACAUUGGCCUGCAAAUGAGUAAACCAUGGAAGAAUUUUAACUACAACGUGUAUAGAGGAGCAUUUACGUGGAAUAACUUUGCAAGUGAUAUUUGGGGCAUAAAAUCAUUUCAUUUGUUUAAGAAGUUGCUAAAAUUAUAUAUUGAAACCUUCCAAGUAAUGUACACAAGGAUAUUUAUAAUAGCUAUUAUUGUAGUUAGGACUCUGAAUAUCUAUUUAGUUUACCAGUCCCUGUUACUAUUGAUGUGGAACUAGGUAUGCCUUCUGUAUUAAUUAAAUAGAAAAAACUAUUAUGGGGGCAUCUUUUUAAAACCUCAGUAGAGCUUGCUAGAUCUCCUACCUUAUCCAGUACUUUCUAGCUGAAUCUAAUAUUGCAUGUAAUUUGUUACAAAACUUUAAAGGUGAAAUAAAUCAGUACCGAAUCAUGAACCGCUAGUUUGAACACUGGUAUUUUAUGACAGGAAAGCUGUGGCUAGCACCAGCUCACCAAGUACGGUUGUGUCAGUCAGUAUGAACAGCAUCCUAACUCUACUACGGAAAUGCUGUAACCAUCCAUACCUGAUUGAGUGUCCUCUGGAGGAGGGAACAUUACUACGCAAAGUUGACGAGGAGUUGGUUACAAGUUCAGGCAAGAUGAUGCUUCUUGAUCAAAUGCUACCAAAACUGAUUCAAAGAGAACACAAGGUAUCAGCUAAUUAUUAUCUUUGAUAGAAAGUGGUACAGUCCAGAUGUGCUGACAUUAGUUGCAUUCAUGAAAUGAUAAUCAGUAAACUGCUUUUAGGCUAUGAAAUGCUUUACCCAUAGACAUUUUACGAAGUCUGUCAGCACCGUUUUAAAGAGAAUAUUUAAGAUUCGUAUAUAAGGAGCUACAAACAUUCAAUUAUUUAUUUUCAAGUAUUUUUAGUUAAGUGAACUGGUCCAGGGAAACCUGGUUCUCGGAAGUAAAGACUGGACAUGAAAUCGUAUUAUCUUUAAUUUAUUCGAUCUAUGAGAAAUAAUACAUGAUUCAUUAGAUUCUAAUAGCGAGCGAUUCUUGAAAUUGCUUGCGGGAAAAAUGAAAUCACAAUUCUUAAAAUUCAACAUGUUACGAAACAAAUUACUUACUUCUGUAGUGAUAUCUAAUAAAAAUUAUUCCAGUAUAGGUAACAGGUCAACAGAUCGAGCAGAAAGACACUAGUUUCGAACACUUUUAAUAAGAACGUAUCAUUCCUUUUAAAUAGAGAUCAACUUACUCAGCGAUUACGCCAUCGAUAUGUCAAGUACGCGAAUAAUUACAAAAUCAAAUGUUGAUCAAUAAUUUAACUAUCAAUUAACAAAACAUGUGCAUGCCGCAAGGAGUGCAAUUAUAGUUGCUGAUGCUCUUUCUUAUAUGAAACUUAUUUAGGCUUUCUGGAAACACUUUCCAUGGUCCAGUUACCAAAGUUAUUCUCCAUUAUUUUGUGAAUAAUCACGAGAUUAAGUCGUACAGUACUUGUUUUAAUUUUUUGUUGAAUCGAACAAAUUUGCUCAGUCGAUUUGACUUUGACGGGAAUUUGCAUAAUAUGGCGGAUGGACACGUUUUCCUAGCUCCGAAGGCUGAUCGCUUUAUCUCCAGACCGCGGCUUGUUAAGACCAGUUCCUUGCCUGAUUUGAGUAAAGUAUAUACUGACUCAACUCUGGUAGUCGCUGAUCAGAUUAAUAACAAGAAUAUGUCUACUUCUGUACCCGAAUACGGUUCGCUUUCUUCGUCCUUUGAAAUGAGCGAAAUGGCUGCUAUCAAGAAUGCAUUAAAUGGACGGUCCGUCAACUCCCUGAAGGUGAAAGAUCUAAGGGACGAACUUGAAAAAAGAAAGCUCUCUAAAUCUGGCAGGAAAACUGAGCUGGUUAAAAGACUCAAGGAGUCGAUUUUGUCAGGAUCUGGUGAAAUUCAAAUUCCCCGCCACAAUGUCAACCAACCGUCACCUCGGCCAUCGGCUGUUAUAAACCUGGACGACACUAGCAGCAGCCCAGAACAACAGAGUCACACAUGCAAUGGCUACAAGUCCCUUAAAGAUCUAUACGACCGCUUGGAAAAUGAGGUAAACAAACUCAAAGACUUGUAUAGAUCUCGAUUAACGGACAGUAGAGAAAUACAGUCAACCUGUAAAUCAUGUCAAAAUCAACAACGGAUACAGGAAGAAAAUCGCGCUCUGCGAGAGCAACUUCAGCUAAUGAAGGGAAAUCUAGAUAAAACAAAAGAGGAGCGAGAUUCCCUGCAGAUGGUAGUAUCAUUGCUAAGCAAGGAGCUAUAUAACUUUCGCCUUGACAGCAAGGAAGCUUUUAAUGAGUCGCCUUCGGUUGAUCCUAAGGUGUCGGAUACAAAAUGGUCGGAUACAAAGGCGGACACAAAGCAAAACAAUGGAUCAUCUAAAUCUCAAUCUUCCAAAACAACGAAGAAUCACCAAAGCAAAUCGAGCAAGAAAAGCCGCCAAACAAGAGUUCUCACAACAGCUCUAAUACUCUUAACCACAACCAAGAAAGAUCCUCGCCGACCACCGUCAUUAUUGGCGACUCAAUCAUCAGAAACAUACAAGGGUGGCAAUUAGGGAAAGAAGUCGGCCACCGGGUUGUUGUAAAGUCCUUCGCGGGAGCUACAACAAGUGAUAUGUCACAUUAUGUGAAACCAACACUGGACAAGAAGCCGGACCAGAUCAUUUUACAUGCUGGUACUAACGACCUUGGAAAACUAUCCCCAAGCGAAAUCGCCGAUAACAUCGUUGACCUAGCGAGGGAAAUUGAAAGCUCCACGGACGCACAAGUAAUAAUAUCAGAGCUGGUCACAAGAUCGGACCUCUCAGAUAGCGGCGAUGUUGAUGCAGUCAACAAAAGGCUUCGAAAAUUCUGCAAUCAGCGACAGUGGCACUUCAUACUCCACGAUGACAUUCACUCAACGGACUUAAAUAGAGGAGGACUUCAUCUUGGGGAGACAGGUAUUGCCAAAAUGUAUAACAACUUCGCGAAUAAAUUACAUGAAUGUAAUUGACCUACUGGCCGUCUGUUCAAUUCAGAGCGCCUGUUCAAUUCAGAGCGUAAUCGUGACCUUGGAAAUCAAUCGUUUCUCACCA